CUCGGGGCAGCCGGAAGUAGCGUGCGGCCGGGGGCGGGCCCGCGUGCCGCGUGUGGCGGUAUGGAGGCGCCGCUGGAGGUGGUGUCGCAGCUGGAGAGCCUGGCGUUUGAGCCUGACACCACCGAGCCGCCGCCGGACAGCGCGGGGGACGCGCCGAGCCCUCCGAGCCCCCAGGCGGGUGGUGGGGAAGACCGGGCCCCGCCGCCCCCAGCCGAGGGAGUGCGCUGCUCGCCGCCGCCUGCGAGCCGCAGCGGGCCUCCCGCCGCCGUCCCCUCGUCAGAGUCGGACAGUGAUACGGAUUCGGAUAGUUCAUCAACUACAUCCUCUUCUUCGUUUUCGCCUUCAUCUGUGUCUGGUGAAGAUGAUCAUCCAAAUGAGAAGGAUAACAGAUCUUACUGUAUUAAAACAAAAGAUGAGUUGCCUAUUGAUGACUUGCCUCCUGUUGAAGACUUAACAAUAAUUCUGCCUGAUGAUGUUGAACUGAAGCUCUUUGGGACAGUUUCCAGCAUAAUUGAGCAGCUAGUAAUAAUUGAAUCACUGAGAGGCCUACCUCCAUUAAAUGAGGAAAGCAUAAUAUUUAAAGAAGAUCGGCAAGCAGCAGGAAAGAUAUUUGAGAUAUUUGGUCCUGUUUUACAUCCUUUUUAUGUGUUAAGAUUUAACAGCUUGGAGCAUAUCAAAGCAAAAGGUAUUAAUGUGCAAGAUAGCAUGUAUUUUGCUCCCUCAGUAGAGGACUUCACCCAGUAUAUAUUUGCAGAGAAGCUAAAACAGGAAAAAGGUUCAGAUGCAUCUUGGAAGAAUGACCAAGAGCCACCACCUGAGGCCUUGGAUUUCAGUGAUGAUGAAAAAGAAAGAGAGGCAAAGCAGAAGAAGAAGCAGCCUCAAAGUCAAGGAAGGAAGAAACUCAAAUCGGAAACAAAUACAUCAAGUGAGAAUAAAGGACUUCAUCAGCCAAUGCAACAGCCUGCUUCAGGUUAUUCAAGGGGGUAUCGUGGCAGAGGAUUCUCCAGGGAUCCAUUUCCUCCUCCAUCAGACCAUCCAGGAUUUUUGAGACCACAAGUAAGACUGCCACAGUUUUACUCUUCAGACAACAGAGUACAUCAGGAAUCUCCAGUGUUUCCUCAUAGAAAAGAAAAUCCAAUGAUGCAACAGUAUCCCUUUCCUCCUCCAGUUUUUGGUUCUGUUAACGAUAUGCAUCAAUUCCACCUUCCACCUUCAAAUCUGAAUAUGAUUUGGACAGGCCCGAAUAUGUACAACUCAUCAUACCCAUUCUUACCGCCUCCACCGCCGCCACCUCCGCCUCCCUCUGAUAGCCAUCCUUCUCAGUUCAGGCCUUACUAAGUUUCCGUAAAUGUGCAUAUGGAGCGUUGCAGUUUAAAGGGAGGAAGAACAGUCUGUGAAAAC